UUCCUCCCCAUUCAUCCAUUACCAAAAAAAUCCCCAAAUUCGAAAUCGAUCAAACCCUAAUCGACUCCCUCGUUCUCCUCCCUCCAAAUCCCCAGAUCGAGAGCGAUCAAAACCCUAAUCGAAUCCCCCUCUCUCUCUCUCUCUCUCUCUCUCUCUCUCUCUCUCUCUCUCUUCCAUUUGAUUUCCUUUUCGGAAUCGAUCUCUCUCUCUCUCUCUCACAUUUGAUUUCCUUUUCGGAAUCGAUCGAUCGAUCCAUGGAGGCGGUGUUGACGGGGCCAAAGGCGGCGGCGGCGGCGGCGGCGAAGGGCGGGGCGUUUCCGGCGAGGAGACUCGGGUUCGGCGAAUCGGUCCGAGUGGGGUCGGGGAUCUGGCGAGUCGGGUUCGACGCGGCGAUGCGGAGGAAUCGGGCGAUCCGAGUCGGGGCCGGGGGUUUCCGUGCGGCGUUGGUGAAGGAGACGAACGAGUCACCGCGUAAGACGAACUCGGCCCUGACCGGUCCGGUUGAGCUCUUCGUGGGCCUGCCCAUGGACGUGGCAUCGGCCCACGGCGGCGUGAACCACGCCAAGGCCAUCGCGGCGGGCCUGCGGGCCCUGAAGCUUCUGGGCGCCUACGGCGUCGAGCUCCCCAUCUUCUGGGCCGCGGCCCAGCCCGAUUCUGACCCGGCCCAAUUCGACUGGGCCAGCCACGCGGCCCUCGUCGAGAUGGCCCGCGCUGCCGGACUCCGCGUCCGUGCCACCCUUUGCCUCCACGGCUCCCACCGCCGCCCUGGAGUCCCCCUCCCCGAGUGGGUCGCCCGCGCCGCCGCCGCCGACCCCGAUAUUCUCUUCACCGAUCGAUACGGGCGGCACCAUGAAGAGUACCUCUCGUUCGCGGUCGACGAAUUGCCCGUCCUCGGCGGCAGGAAGCCGGUUGAGGCCUUUGAGGACUUCUUCCGGAGCUUCCGGUCGGCCUUUGCGGAUUUCUUCGGCUCCACCAUUACGGGCAUUACUGUCAGCCUCGGGCCCAACGGCGAGCUCCGGUACCCGUCGUUCCCGCCAGCGACCGGAGGCCACCAGUUCACCGGCGUCGGUGAAUUCCAAUGCUACGACAAGUACAUGCUCGCGCAACUAAAACAGCACGCUGAGCAAUCGGGCCAGCCGUUGUGGGGCCUCUCGGGCCCCCACGACGCACCCGGAUACAACCAAUCACCGGAUUCCGCCAACUUCUUCAGAGACCACGGCGGCUCGUGGGAGACGCCAUAUGCCGACUUCUUCCUCUCGUGGUACUCGCAGCAGCUCGUGAACCACGGGGAUCGCAUUCUUUCGAUUGCAUCUAACAUUUUCGGUGAACUGCCGGUAGAAAUAUCUGGCAAAGUGCCGCUGCUACACUGGUGGCGUGGCACCCGGUCGCACCCAGCCGAGCUGACAGCUGGGUUCUACAACACCGACGGCCGCAAUGGGUACGACGCGGUCGCGAAGAUGUUCGCGAGGAAUUCUUGUGCGAUGGUAAUUCCCGGAAUGGACCUCUUAGAUCGAGAGCAACCGCGGGAGCUGCGAUGUAGCCCGGAAUCUCUACUCUCUGAGAUAGUCGGUUCGUGCGGGAAGCACGGGGUGAAGGUACUGGGGGAGAAUUCGUCGCUGGUUAGGGCGCCCGCAGGGGGAUUCGACCAAAUCAAAGCGAAUAUCUCUGCAGGUAACUCGAAAGUGAAAUCUUUCACCUACAACCGGAUGGGCGCGGAGUUCUUCUCGCCUGAGCACUGGCCACAGUUCACAGCAUUCAUGAGGAGCAUGGUUCACGAAGAGAUGGAUUCGGACGACUUGCCGAGUAACGAGAAGGGCAUGUUGUCGCCUUCGGCCGGUUCGGCAUCGCAAAAGGAGCGGGAGAUGCAGGCGGUCUGAGGCAAUCAAUUCAUGGCCUAUUGUCUACUGUAAAUAUUGUCAUUGUGUAUUGUUGGUAAGCAGUGGAAUUGAGGAGAGCACCAGAGAGGCUUUUAUAAGUCAUAGUUAAGAGAUUUUAAGUAGAAUCAUAAGUUUGUAUUGUGUUGCUUAUAUUUUCUUUUUUGAGGCACAUGUUGUAAUUGUGAUUAUCAUAUUUUCAUACUUCGGAUGCUGUUUCUUCGGAGUCUCCGAAUGUCGCACCUUCGUGCCGUCGAAGAUUAUUGCUUUUUAGAGUCUGCUACUUCACAUGUGUAAUUCAAAAGGGGUCUUUUUUGUACAAAUUUCAGUUGGAAAGAACCUAUUGAAGCUCUCAAAUGGCUACUAUUGUUUAGUUAA